ACAGGCGGCUCCCUGGACCCCACCCGCAGCUUCGUUCCCGCUGCCGCUGGCAUAUCUUUCCCCAGCUAUCACCGGAUCUAUUGGGCUGACCUUCUUCCCCGUGGCGCAUUUGCUGUUGGGGGCUACCGUUUCGUCAAACACUCCAACUGCGAGCAAGCAAAUCCAGGUCAUGAUUCUUUGUACGGUGGUGAGUAA